CUUUGUCGAUCCCGAGAGAUCCUCACAAGCAACAUUAAGCGUUUGUGGCGAGACUGAGGAAAGACGCCAGGUAACCGACAAGAAUUCUACAAACAAUACAUGACUCGGUCUCUGUUUCUCCACCAAUACAAGCCGGAAGUAGUGUCCACCACAAGUUCUUCGUCGAGGCCGGGAAACGGUACCUUUCAGCGUCCGAUAAAAAGGAAUGGCGAUCACAACUCCCGCCAACAACGACUUGGUAGACCCUGACGAUCCCAGUGACCCGCAGCUUGGCCCGUCUGGAGUUGAAGCUUAAGAUAAGAAAAACCAUGUUAGGCGAGGAGGAGGAUCAGGAAGCACCGAUGUUGGUAGGAGAAAGUGACGAUGAUGAGGAGGCACCAGAUCUAGUUGAAGUGGGGAAUGCCGUAAGGGUGCCAGUGACCAUCCUCACAGGGUACCUUGGGGCAGGCAAAACCACCCUUCUCAACUACAUCCUCACGCAGGAACACAACAAGAAGAUUGCCGUCAUCCUCAAUGAAUUUGGAGAAGGCAGUUCAAUGGAGAAAAGCUUAAACAUCAGCCAAGAUGGAGACUUGUUUGAGGAGUGGCUUGAACUGCGCAAUGGAUGUCUCUGCUGCUCGGUGAAGUAUCAUAACCGUUUUGGACUCCAAAUACGCGCAAAAGAAUAUCACGGAGAAAAAACCGGAGAGCGUGGUCAACGAGGCUGUAAGACAGGUGGCGUUGGCGGACUUGCUUAUCCUGAACAAAAUAGACCUCGUGGACGCGGCGCAGAAACAGGUGGUGACACAGCUGGUUAGAACCAUCAACAGCUCGGCCGAAGUGAUCCAGACGGAACGAUGCAGAGUCGACCUGGACAAGAUCCUGGACCUGCAUGCGUAUGACUCCUUCACUGCAGAUUCCUACGAGCGCACUCUACACAGCCGCUUCGUCGAGGACCUGCCACAUCUCGACCAGAAAGUCCGAACAGUGACGGUAGAGGUAGAGGGCAGCAUGACUGAGGACGCAGUGGACAACCUGGUGGAGGCGUUGCUGUGGGAGCGAACGGUUACCUCCUCCACAGGCAGCCAAGUCAACAUCUACAGAAUGAAGGGCAUACUGUCCGUAGUGGGAGAGAAAACCCCAGUGAUGCUGCAAGCCGUCCAGGAGCUGUAUGAGACAGAGCCAGCUGGGUCGUGGCCAGAUGGCUGUACGCGCUCCUGUAAAUUAGUUUUGAUAGGAGAAAACCUGGAGGAGGAGAGAAUACGUAACUACCUCAAGUCGUUAGUUGCGACAACUCCGGCAUUGCUGUGACUUAGUGUGUUGUAAAGACCAAUAAACAAGUAUUGAAAUCUGAAGUA